ACUACCAUGUUAUAAAAAUAAACAAGGUGAAAUGAAAGGAAACAGUUACGAAGUUGAUCGAGGCCAUACGUUUUAGCAUGAGCGUCAUAUUAAAGCGACUGAAAAGCUUGUUGCUAUGGAUACAAGCCUCUUGUUUACAGUCUAAGGACUUUAAUUUUUCUUUUUGUGAGUUUUUAUUUUUAACCAUGGACUUAAAAAUACAUCUAGAAAUUGUCGGCCUGGUUAAAGAUCCUGGUUUCCAUGAAGCCAAAAGUAUUGCUGAGGUACUAAAACAGAAGUUUCCAGAGAAAUUUCAGGAUCCAAAAAUUAAACCACUGCUCGAAUUUGACUGGGAAACAUAUCUAUGUCAGAAGAAAAGGGAGCUGCGUGGUGAAGCGUGGCAGUACUCCAGCAGCCUGAUGUGUUUUCUGAACGGCCUGCUCCUUGGUAACGAGAAGGAUCUCACCAACUGGGCCAAGAAUCAGUGGAGUUACACUUUCGCUCGACCGCAGACUUUCUAUAUGGCUCUCACUGAGCAACACUACAGCAAACACCUACGCAACACUGGGCAUCAGUUUGUCUUCAUGGACAUUGAGGUGGCAGGAGAAGCAGUGGGGAGGUUAUUGUUUGAGCUGUUCUCAGAUGUUUGUCCAAAGACAUCAAAGAACUUUGAGGCUCUGUGCACAGGGGAGCGAGGUCUGUCACAGAGCGGCUUCCCACUUUGCUACAGGGGCUCUGUGUUUCAUCGUGUGGUGCCCAACGGCUGGGUGCAAGGUGGAGAUAUUUCUCCAGAGAGGAAAGGCAAUGGAGGGGAGUCAAUCUAUGGACCAACGUUUGAAGAUGAAAGCUUUGCCGUGUCCCACACCAGACGGGGCACUCUAGGAAUGGCCAAUAAGGGUCCCCACAGCAAUGGAUCCCAGUUCUACAUCACCCUGCAGCCAACACCCUGGAUGGACAGGACCUAUGUUGCCUUUGGCCAUGUGGUUGAGGGAGUCGAAGUCCUCAGGAGACUAGAAGAAGCUCAGACUUGCAACGAAAGACCCAAGUAUGAAUGCAAAGUUACAAACUGUGGAGUGUUAAAGUUUUAAGUUUUCAGUUUAAAUAAAUGUUUUUUAUGUCAUCAAAAGAUACAUGUAACAUAUGACUUGCAUCUUCUUUUCUACAAAACUUUUGUUUGCAUUUGUAAUCUGGCAUUUUGUUAAUACUGUGCAUGACUCACUUAUAAUACAUUUUGUGCCACAUUGUUUAUCCCACAAAAAAAUGAUGAGUGACAACUGUCGGACGAAGAAUGGAGACGCCUUACUGUUGCUUUAAUAAGCAAAAAUUGAGGCAGACAUUUUGCUCUGCUAACUGUAUUACUGUAUUACCACCCACAAAUGGUGAAAUGCAGUUUUAUAUGACUGCUGUGGCUAGCUAGUCCCCAAAAGUCUUAUUUGAUUAAAUUC